AUGAAGAAGACAAUGCUGUUUGUGCUCACUCUCUCAGGGCUGACUGCUCCGUCGACCAGCGUCAUGAGAGAGUACCACUAUGUAAAGAUGUUGAAGACCUGGACCGAAGCUCAGAGUUACUGCAGAGAGAAGUUCACUGACCUUGCAGCUGUAGAAAAUCAAAGUGACAACGACAGUCUGCUGAGUGUGUUGCAGAGCCUUGGGGACUACGCAUGGAUAGGGCUUUAUGAUAAGACGGCAGGAUGGAAGUGGGCACUGGGAGAUGCAGACUUCAAUAAUGAGUACAAAAAAGGUCCUUCAAAGUACAUUUUAGUGGAAGCCCCAAUGACUUGGGACGAGGCGAGAACAUACUGUAGGUCCAGGUACACGGACCUCGUUAGUGUGAGGAACCAGUCUGAGAACAAUCAAAUCAAAUCACUGCUGACAACGAAGACCUGGUUGGGUCUCCACAGAAAGAUCUGGGCUUACUGGAAUGUGGUCAAAUGA